GGCAUCCAAAUUGCUGAGAACCCGCGUUCUCCUGCUAGGGACGACCCAAGUGUUCUCGAGAUGCUGGCCAUGGCCUCCUGCACUAUCGGGUUUCGAGACGAGGCCGCUCAACUCAAGAUUACCUUGGAGAACUCUGAGGCUAUCCGAGAGGACACCAUCAAGCGUGCCGAUGAGCUUGAGAAGAAGCUCGAAGCCGCUGAAAAGGCACUCGAAGAGGCCCGGACCAAGGCCACAUCCGAGGAGAAAAGGUGGGAAGAGGAGAAGUCGAAGAUGGCAACCCACGAAGCAGACAUCCGCCAACGACUAGAUACUCUACACUACGGCAGAAGCUGGCUUUGCCGUGCGGCCAUUUUGCACGGCAAAGGACUAAUUUGCACGGCAAAGAUUAGAUGGCAACGUUUGUCCCAGCAAAUGAUCUUUGCCGUGCGUUUUGGCAAGUAUGCAUGGCAAAGAAUCUUGCCGUGCGGGCGUUCUUUGCCGUGCGCCCGUCGACUUUGCCGUGAGGCACUUCGUUGCCGUGCGCCGGACGUUCUUUGCCGUGUUAACUGGACGCACGGCGAAGAGGUUUAG